CGUACGUCGCGGUGACAUCGGCGGAAUUCCGCAAAUGUAUUCGGAGCGAAGCGAAACGCGAGCGCAGUUGAAUGUCGGCCGCGUAGUUGCGGUGUGCGGUCGCGCACAAAGAGAGCAGCCGGCCGACAAUGGACGUGAACGGCAAGCAUGGCGUGUUGCUGGCUUGCUUGUUCCCAUAAUUUUCUUUUAUUAUUAUUUUUAAAACCUGUGCACUGAGCUCCAAAAAAGAAGGAAGACGAUGUUUGGCUUUCACAAGUCAAAGAUCUACCGGAGUAACGACGGCUGCUGCAUUUGCAAGACCAAGUCGUCCAGCUCGCGUUUCACCGACAGCAGCAGAUACGAGGAGACGUUCCGGCUCUGUUUUGGGCUGUCGGAGGACCGUGUUGGCGACAUCUGCAAUGCUUGCGUGCUGUUGGUCAAGAGGUGGAAGAAACUCCCCAGCGGCUCCAAGAAGAACUGGAACCACGUGGUGGACGCCAGAGCCGGGCCGGGCUUCAAGGUGACAAAACCCAAAAAGGUCAAGACCGGCGACGGCAAGAAGAAAAGCAAACUGAAACGGCUUCACAAGCUCAAGAGGCAAACAGACUCUGACGCUCACAGCACCACGUCCAGCAUGUCUCCGGCGCAGUCGCCGAGCUACAGCAACCUGUCGGACGACGGCUCCGACGUGGAGUCCAAGCAGAGGCGCUCCUCGCCUUCCGCGUUCUCUUUCUUGGACCGCUCCUACUGGAAAAGGCAAAAGAUCUGCUGCGGGAUCGUGUGCAAGGGCCGCUUCGGUGAGGUGAUCAUCGACCCCCGCCUCUUCAAGCCCUGCUGCAACUCCAAGACGCAGAAGACGCUGGCGGCCGCGGCGCAGGUUCCGUCGCUCCUCCCGGAAACGAUCCCGCCGCCGCUCCCGGAGGAAGCGAACCUGGUGAUGGCGCUCGUUUAAGCUGCCGCGGGUUGUCCGUGGCGCUCGUCUGGAAUUUGUCUCCAGUGGCAGACUUCCCUUUUUCCGCCUUGUCUAGAGCAGUUAGUUAGUUGUAUUUUUAUUGUUUUUUUUUUUUUUUUUUUGUUCCCACACCCCUCCCAUAUGGGUAAUAUUUUAACUUUUGUAUAGUUUUUGGGUUUUUUUUAUACAAAAAGCAAAAAAUAAAAAAUAUCGGGCAUUAGUUGUAUUUAUAGUAUGAGGAGAAACAUUUUCUAAAACUCGUUUUGUUUAUUUUUGGUUACUUUAAGUGGUUCUUGUCACUUUCAUACAUAUCAAAACUGUUCUAUUUUUUCAAGAUGUGCAUUUUGGAAAAAACAAACAACACCAGCUACUUGUAAUACCAGCUUUAUUUUUUAAUAUUUUUGUUUUGUUUUGUGUUAUUCGUUCUUCCUUUCCAUGACGCUGUAAACGUUGAUCCCGUCUUGUUUCACAUGUGACUUUUUUUUUUUUAAUUUUUUUGUAGCGAACACGCGAGUGUGGCAGCUAGCGACCAGCAGGGAUCAAAAUUAGAACCGACUAUUUUUGUAGAUGAAAGCAAUUGUGAUGUUUUUGACGGAUGAACUUUUUAUUUGAUUUGAUUUUUGUGUGCGUGGGUGGGGGCACAUCGAUCUGAAUUCAUGUGAUCAGGAAAAAAAUGCAUGCAGUAUGUUUCUCUGCCUUUUGGGGCAAGGGACAAAUUGUGUAUUUAUUUCUUUUGUACAGCCACGAAUGAGGUUUUUAUUAUUUUGUGUGUGUGUGUGUGUGUAAAUACAGUUCUGGUCCAGGCAAACAUCAUUUUCGUUUUGGCAAAAAUGGCGAACCACUGCUUGUGCUUUUGACGUGAGCCCCACUUAUCUUUCCCUUUUCGACCGUCGUUCACGGCUCUUAUUUUAAUUUUUUUGCAAAUUUCAGUGUCAUGUUUUCAAAAUGGCGCGCGUAGGUUGACGGCGUGCGUGCGGUUUGUUGUGCCAGCCGUCAGAAACUAUGCAGACGUUUUGAAUGUGCGGCUUUCCCCACCCGGGGUCACGUGACCUCUGACCUGAUCGAACCAAAUUGGCGGUCAUCAUCGGCGUUCCUCGUUAUUGUUCCAAAUAUGAAUCAUGCUCAGGUUGCACUGCGACGGCCGCGGCAUACUUUUUUUU